UUGGAAACUUCUGCGUGUCUCUCAAUUAACGCGCAUCAAUGGGACACUUCUUCGAGAACUGAAUAUCGAUAUCGCCUCAAAUGCCAAGUCGCCUUAUCUUACGGCGUCCGUCUCCGACGACCGUCUCCUUCACAGUUUCCAAUGCCUCCAGACGCACGAGCACGCCAGCAAAGGCCUUCUUCUACCUACAGAUUUUGUUGCGCGCAGUGACCUUUUUCUGUGUGCUUCUCCUUGAUGCUGCGAAGUUCCGCCGUACAUUUUUCAUGGAAGAUGGCUCAUGGAUACGUUGGACAACAAUCUGGUCGAGUGCGCUGGGGAUAUCCGUCUGUCGCACCGCGGAUGCGUACAGCUCUAUGGUGGUAGUUUUGGCCAGCGCAAUAGUUUUCUACGGUGUUUUCAGGAAGGGAUACACAGGUUCGCCCAGACAACCUUCAGGGAAAGGGAUACGUUUGAUACUGACUGCGCUUUGCUCCGAAACAGAAGAGUCGCUCCUGGUCAUACGCGGUCUCGGUAUUCAGACGUCUACCUCCUCCCAGACCUACCUGUCAAAGGCUUCGACCAGGUUCAUACCCACUACACAGAUUCAGGAUAUCGUGAUACAUGAAGCUUUCAAGGGAUUUGAGGUUAGGUUCUACCUGGCAGUAAUCGUCGAAGGUGAAAGCGAAGUGGUUGUGGUGUUCCCUAAAUUGUUACCAAAUCGGCAAAUACUAGAGGAGGUCUGGAGGGGUUCACGGAGCUGUCUGUAUGAUUCGAAGUCAUAAUGGAGCCCAGCUUCACGUCUUGAGAAAAAUCAAUAGCUUUCUGCUUGAGAG